AUGCUGCUGUUUGGUGGGAAUCUCUCCGGAGGCAAGAAGGCCAAGCCGGCUGCGGCAGGAGGAAUCUUGACCCCGCACACAGACGCCUUGCACCGCCUGACGAACCAUGAGCUGCGGCUUCUGGAGGAACUCGAGCGCACGCGCUCCAAGCUGCAGGCCGAGUGGCGGCUCAAAGUGGCCAACCUCCAACGUCAGCACCCAGAGACGCUCGCAAGCACGCUCAACAAUGUCCACGAAGCAGCGGUCCCCAAUGUGGAAGAGCUGGAGAAGCGCUUCCAGCUAGCGAUGGGUGGCGGUAGACCCCCAGUACCGAAUGAUUUGCAGCGUGCGAUGCACUCCAAGACCUUGAAGCUGUCUCCGAACCAGCGCUCCAAGUCGUUCUUGAGACACAAGAAGGCCCACGCAACACCUGGCGGGGGCAAUGCUCCUUCAACGCCGCACCCGAAUGUUCGAGCAGGGCUAGAUAUGCUCCCAGUGCUGACAACAACAGGAGAAACCCCUUUCGAAGUUGGGCUGGACGCUCAAAUUCUACCUGGCCAACGCCAGCAGCUACAGCAAUACGUUCUACCUGUUUUUCGACUGCCGUCCGUGAAUGUGAUAAGUACAGCCAGCACCAUGGCAGCAAAAGAGGUGCAAGCAAUUAAAGAGGACGUCGAUCGGAAGCAAGCAAGCGAGACGCUCGGGUUGUCAGUGGAGGAGAUCGAAGCUCUCGAAGCGGAGCUCAAUGGCAAGAGUGGCAUUCGCGCUGCAGAGGAUGGUGGGGCACUUCGUAAGGAAUUGGAGUCGGCGCUUUAUAGCGUGCAGAAUCUCACGCGGCUGGUGAAGGACGACAUUUGCUGGGCUCAGAAGAUCUGUCCCGCUUCCGAGCUGCGUACGACGCUCUACUUCAAACGGUGGGGGCAAGAAAAGGUGGAGAACAUAUUUCGUCGACUGCUAUACAAUCUCCAAGGCGUGGCCAUGGAGCGAUGGAAGCACGCAGUCACGUACGAGAAGCAGCAGGAAAAGCUGCAGGCCUACCUACUCUACAAGGGGAGCAAGAAGCUGGACCUGUUCUUGGUUAAUUGGUCGCAACGCAAGCUGCGGCAAGCCUGGACAAAGUGGUGGUCGGCUAUUGUGCACGAGAAGGCCUUGGAGCGCUCAGCUCUGGAGCUGAAUGCGAUUCAGGUCAUUCAGCGCUCGUGGCGCGCCUACCGUGGGCGGAUGUUUGCUUACCUCGUGAAGAUGCAGAAGCUAAUCGCCAAGCAAACGACUGCAGCUAUCAAGAUGCAGCGUAUGUUCCGAGGGGGUCUUGCACGCAAAUUCUUCAGGCUCAAGCGACUCGACCAACGUCGUCAAGCCAUGGCCACUCGAAUCCAAGCAUUGGCACGAGGUUACAUCGUACGGAAGCGAAUCAAGCAACUACGGGACGAGCGGAAGAUGCAUCUCGUCGCUAGUCGCGUGCAGGCGCUGUACCGUGGUCGGAAGACUCGGCGUGAAGUCGCAAUUCGGCGGAGGAAUCAACGUCUGACUAAGGCAGCGGUGUUGAUCCAGCGUCGGUACCGUGGGCGUCUUGGGCGAGCAUCAUUCAUCCAGCGGCGUCUGGAUCGAGCGCGCAACAUUGCCGCAACGAAAAUUCAAACCAUGGCUCGUGGUAGACGCGCACGGAAGAAACUCGCCAGUUUGCGCGAGGAGGAGCGAAAGCGGCAAGCGAUUCGUCGCGCUGCAGCUAUCAACAUCCAGCGAGUGUAUCGAGGGCACCGUGCUCGCUUGUCGACAGAGUUGAAGCUGAUGGCGCUGCGUGAGAGAAAUCGCAUGCGCGCUCAGGCUGCAACCAAGAUUCAGAAAAUGGUCCGCAAACGACAAGCGAUUCGCCGGGUCGAGCAGCUUCGGCAGGAGCGAGCAGCUAGAUUCGUACUCCAGGCGCGGACGUGGGUGGAAUACUGGAGCGAAGACUCGGCCAAGUGGUUUUACUACAACCAAGAGACUGGUGAAGCGCUGUGGGCCCCUCCAGCGACGGGAUACAACAAAGCAGACGGCAAGCUUGUGCUUCAAGAUGGCAAGGUUAUCGAUCCAUCUGAAGAUGACAUCGCCGCCAUCUUGGCAGCUCAAAAGGCGCCACCAACGCUCAACGGGGGAGAUAACUCCGAUUCAAAUGCUAAAGACCACGAGGAAGAACAAAAUGAAGACGAUGAGGACGAAGACAAACUGUGCGUGGAGUGCGAAGAAGAAGACGCUAGACGACAGUGCGCUCAGUGCGAGGACGUCUUUUGUGACGCUUGCUACGAGAAGCUUCACCAUUCGGCGAAGCGCGAAAAGCACACGUGGAAGGCUAUCGGAUCACUCCGCUGCAUCGAGUGCGAGAAAAUGCGUGCAACUCGUUGGUGCUCUGUCUGUGAAGACCCCUACUGCUUGGGCUGCUUUACGAUAAUCCACUCGAAGGGGAACAAGGCAACCCACCAGUGGACAGACAUGGCAACGUUCAAGAAGGCACAGAAGAAGAAGCAAAUGGCCAAGGAAGAGGAGAGUGCUCAAACUUACGACGAGUUUGUGCAGUCGAGCGAGUAUCAGUACGUCACAGAAUACGCGGUGGCUGAAGCAGCUCGAGAAGCUCGAGAGGCUCAAGCGUACGCCCAGUCGUACAACCAAGCGUAUGCUGUUCCAGCAGCUUCAUCAGGCGACUAUGGAGGCUGGAUGACACUGGUUGACGAGGCUUCAGGUCAGACGUACUACUACAAUUCGUAUACAGGCGAGUCCCGGUGGGCGUAG